UCUGGAAACUUGGAAAGAACCCAGUGCGCAUGCGUAAAUUAUUGACUACAAGUUUUGGGAAACUAGCGACAUCAUCAUCUUGUUUACAUCGCUAUUCGUUCCUUUUACUUGAGAAUGCGACAUAGCUUCGUAAAAAUAUCAAUUUUAUGAAACUGAUGUGGAAUGUGUCCCAUUGUUCUCACUUCAUAAGUCUUUACUACAUCAGCAAUGACGGCCUAUGCAAAAGAAUUUGAAAAGUGGCUCAGCAACAGUGGAAGUUUGAACCAACCAGUUUUGCUUGAAGAUGAUGACAGUAAUGCAAUCAAAGCAUCCAAUCCUCAGUCUGGUCGUGAUGACAGUGGAGGAGGGGACAGCUCUCAGGGCAGCUUUGAUGACGUGAUGAAAGAUUCAUUGUCUUUCUCAUCUAUCAAUCAGUCUGCUCCUAUUUUAGUAGAUGAUGAGGAGGAUGAAGAAUUUUAUAAAGAUUUUGAUGAGCCCCCUGUACUUAAGCCUGUUUCAAAACAAACAGGGCAAAACAAGACUCCACCAAUCUCAUCCCCCAGAUUGACGCAGGAAUCAAUUUGUAGCUAUAGUCGAACGAAACGGUCUUAUUCAAGACAGAGAUCCUUAGAGGACAAAGACAUGAAGACGUACAGCGGCAAGAAAUCAUUUCGGCACACGCUGUCUGAUGACUAUGAAAAACGGCAUGAAAAAAAUGGAAAAGAGAGUGGAAAUAUUUUUGACAAAUUCUCAUCAGAAAAGUACGACAGCCCUCCGCCUCUUCUUCCUGGCCCAGAGUGUGAACCGUUGCCUGAAGAAUGCCAUAGUCCAGACUUUCGUGCCAUGGAAGCUGACUCCACCUCUGAACCAACCUGCGACAAGGAAGUGCAUACUUCAAGACAAAGUAGUCAAGUUAAGAGCUUGGAGGCGUCCUUAGAAUGCGACAGUACUUGCAUGUUGGGAACGUCCCCUGCCAUAGUCUCCCCAGCUUCUCUUUCAUGUGGCGAAUCAGAAGAAAUGAAAGAUAUGUCAGGGGCAGACGAGACAGAGGCCGUGAAAGAUGUCUUAGUAGCAGACGAGACAGAGGCCGUGAAAGAUGUAUUAGUAGCAGACGAUACAGAGUGCAAUGCGGUUGAAAAUUUCUCUGGUCAUGAACGUGACUUAAAGGGGCUAAGCAAUAUCAUUGAAGAACAAGUUACGCAGGAUAUGCCCGUACUUCCAUUCCCAGUUAACCAGAUGCACGAGAAGUCUUCGGAGACUCAAACCAGCUUCACGCACGCCGUUCAUGACCAUUCGGAUAUUAACAAUGAUGAGCCACCCACCUUAGCAAUAAUGCCUCAGUUGAAUCUGUCAUUGAUAGGAGUUAGACAGAAACGUCAUACCAUAGACACACCUGAGACAUAUUGCCGAACACAUAGACAGCAAUGUUCCCAUGAAGGUCCUGUUCCUUCAUCGCCACCUACCCUUACUUGCUUCAUCCCUAAUGAAAAUGUGCCCACGUCAAAUAGAAAACGCUCCAAUAAAACUUUAAAUGACAGCUGUGCAGGGGAAGUAGCUGAGCAGCAGAAGAAACGCCGACACUUCAGCUACCCAUCUACAGACCAAUCGUCUAAUUUACAAAAUUUUGUCCAACAGGCUUGCUUGUUAUCGCAACUACAGACUAGAUUGCAUUCUUUUCUUUUUCAUAUUUUCCCGCAGAUUAGGUCAGACCUAAAAAAAAUUCAACCAGAAUCAUUGUUAUUAGAAACCGUUCUUUCUGAUCUGGUUUCUAUUUUAGACCAUCCAGAAGAAGGGAAAAAGAUUGGGAACUCAAGGACUUGUUCUCAAGCAUCUGUUGGUUUAAGCUCACCCCAAGCUGUCAGUCAGUCCUUACCGCUUGGAACUCCUCAACUAACCACAUCAGAAAGCUUAAAUGUUUCCCUAAGCGCUCCUAGUGAUGAUUCUCUGCAGCAGUCACCAAGUCUGGUGUCCCAAGACAACGAACUGGCUCUAGCUAAACUAUCUCAACUCUCUCUACGGGAGCCUCACGUGAAGUCUGCCGUCAUUCUUUUGGCCAAAGACCCAGCAGCAGAGCUGAGCUAUUUCUGCCAGCUGACAUGUAAAAUCUUGCAACACUUACUCCCAGAGUUGGCAGUGAAGUUACUGGAUGAAUUGGUGGACUCACCAAAAGAUCUCUUAGUUUUCUUAGAUAAUGUUAUACUUAUAAAUACCAGGAGUAAGUGGAAGACUUCCACCCGUUGAUAAAGUUACUGGAUAAUAGUAUAUGUUUGAUUCACAUACACUCUGCACAUGAGGAAUUCUUAUUUCUGUUGACUCAAGUCAUGUGUGUGAACAAAUAUUGGAAUGUUUACUUGCAUUCAAGUAUUUUAUUAUUAUAUUAGCUGUGUUUUUUUUUUCAGUAUUUCAAGGUUCUAAUAAAAAAAAUCUUUCAAGUAAAAAAAAAAGAAAAUAUUAUCUAUUUGCUUUUUCCUUGUAACAAAACAACAAACAAAAAUGGUAACAGAAAUGUAACUUAUAUAAUGAAAGAUUAGCUUGACCUAUAGAAGUAAUAGGAGCAGAAAAAAAAUACCUUAAAUUUUGUAAGACAUUUAUGUCUUAGUUAAUCUUUUUUAGAAGGCAAUUUUCACUCUUAGUAGUAAAUUUUUGGCAAUUUUAAAGAAAAAUUAAAACAAAUAUUUAUUUUAAAUCAGUAAAAAUGAAUAUUACGGACUACAGUGGAAACAAAAGUAGCACAUUAAAAUAGAAUGAAAGUCUGGGCAAGAGUAUGGCUAGGAUUUUUUUAUCCUGCAAUUAUUUCCCAUUCAGUUUUUUAAAGCUGUUAUUUAAUUUACAACUUUAUACACUAUAACUUUUUACGACUAAUAAAAUUAUUAAUUUCACAAUUGUUUAAAAAGGAAUCACUAUAACUUUUUUCAACUAAUAAAAUUAUUAACUUCACAAUUGUUUAAAAAGGAAUGAAAUAGAUUUUCUGUCAAUAUUAAACAAAGAACUCUAGAUGUUAUCUUUGAUUUUCAUAUAUUCUUCUGGAAAUAUUGCUUCAAAAGCUAACUUAAAAAGUUUUUUCUAAAUGUUAAAUUAAAUAGAUAGAGUAGAAGGAUUUUAUGUUUAACUAAUUAUUAUAAUUAAACCCAUCAUAGAGGGUAUUUUUCAUGUUUUUUUUUUAUUGAUUUUUUUUUUUAAACUUUUAUGCAAUUUGUUAAUAGCUGGCUUCACUCAUUAAGGUUAAAUAAAAUAAUAAAAUGUGUUCUGGUUUUCAAACUUUGCAUAUUUCAUUAAGACAAAUACACAUGUUUGUCACUUAAAAGUUUUGUUGCUUUCAAAUUGAUUUUUAAAACAUUGCUACAAAAUUUGCAGUUUUUUUUUUUUUUUGUUUCUAAGAAUUUUAGUUUCGUUUGGUAAAAAUGAGCUUGUGCACUAUUGAUUUAUUGAAACGGUUUUAUUGUUUUAGCUUCGAAUUUUAAUUUCCCGUCUCCUGUUUUGUUUUUGCUAUUUAUUCAUAACUUGUUCAAGUACAAACAAAACAACAAAUGGACUUGCCAUUAAGUUAGUCCAGCAAGCAGCACCUGUUUUUCUUUGUGACAUUGUUAACAGUGCCUUUAGGGUCAGAAGCAAAUGCUACAUGUCUGUGACCGUUUCAAAGAAGAUAUAUGUAUAAAUUGUAUUCUUGUCAAUGGAGUUUUAAUCCAAAAUAAUUUGAAUGCUUCAAAUACUUCAAUUUGUUGUAAAUUCAUCAAAAAAAAUACAAAUCUAAAUUUCUGAGGUGCUGCACUGUUUAGUGGUACCAUCAGAUUUUAGAUCCUGAUUCUUAAGGGUGGAGUCUUAAUUUGUGGUUGACCAUAACAGAUAGCGUUCUUGUCUUGUGAUAACUGGACCCGGCUGUUUCAUUUUGAAACUUUGAUGCGUUGUAUUUUGUAAAUAAUGCAAUCUAUUUAUAUCAGAAGGGACACAACUAAAUCAAUUUCAAAUGAUGACUUCGUUGUUGGGUUGUUUUGUAUGGCAAAAGUUCAGUUUUUUGUCUUGUUUUGAAUGUUGUUUUUAUAUGAUGUUCUUAUUGCAAAGCUUUUAAUUUCACAGUCCAACUUAUGAAAUUAAACCUAUUCAAAUUCAAAUAAAAAGUCUGCACUAUUCGUUACUUCAAGACACUAUUUUUACUAUUAGACAAAUAAACAUUUAAAAAAAAUAUAUUAUUAUUGACCAGAGUGUAAACUGUGUUAGUCUAAACAAUUUCAAUAAACUUACUUCUGGUACAACUGUUCAAGUAUUCUUUUGGUUCAUGUCAUUGUUUAUGACAUUUUAUAACAACUUCAUGGAGUGUUACAUUUGUAAUUAUACACUUUCUGUUGAUAGAUAUAUUUUUUUUCCUUAAUGUUUGAAUUUUGAUUACGAAUCGCUCUUAUCCUCUCUUAUUAUUUUAAAUUGUAAACACGUUGACACUUUCUUUUUAAUCUUUUAGAUUUUUCUGGCUUAAAAAAUGUAUUUAGCUAUUUCACAGUGGUGGAAAUAGAUGGAACACUAAUAUUAAAUUCAAACUAAUUGGCUGGUCGUGUUGUAUACCCUAUGGGCUGUCAUCAUGUGGACCUGAGGUUAAACACUACCUACUUCCAUUAGGGUUAGGACAUCAUGAUGAGUUCUGAAAGAAUGUCCACACUUAUUUUUUUUUUUUAAUGAAAUGUCUAUCUUGUUUGAAACUGCAGAAGUAAAUUAAUCAGUAGUGCUUUUUGUUUUAAGUCUUAUCCUCUGUAGCUGUCACUGUAGGCAACAAUAAAAAAUAAAAUUUUUUCUUUGGCAAUGUAAAUAUUGAAUUAACACAUAAAUAUUUGUCACUUUCUGUCUCCUGAGACAAAGUAUGUACUUAGAUGAUUAUUGGAGGAUUUUUUUUUUUGUCUCCCUCUGUUUGGGACAGAAAUGUUUGGGGUUAAACAACCUUAUUUUAGAAUGGUAGACAUUACCAGUUCUCAUUAUAAAGAGUCAUAAAUGAUAUCAUUUGACUAAUUAAUUCUUAACAGUUUGUUGGGAUAUUUGGGUUGCAAACAAUAACUAUUUAGUGUAUUAUUGUCCUAUCCUAUCUUUUCAUCUGUUACUAUCUAGUUUUUGUUUAGUGUGUCAUUGUUGUUAGACGCUUCUUGGACUGUCUUGCUUGGUAGCCGUUUACUUUUGAUAAAUUUGACGUUCGACAAACCAGAGAGCAUUUUCUUCCUCUUGUUUUCACCUCCAAUCAGAAGGUUACCCAGAUGAACAUACUUCUCCCAAGGGUACAGUUUUUAUGUCUUUAUGACUUUUUGUCACAUUUAAAUUUUCAGGCAAGUCUUCAAUGCGUGUAACCAAUAUAAUUUUGUGCCAUGUUAGGUUAAAAUUUUUCACUGUUUGCAACAAGACUUAUUUUUCUUUGUACCUUACAACUGGUUUCAUAAAGGUUAGCCAGCAUGAGUUCAGAUGUAAACAAAAGGUGACAUGUUUAAAAAUAAACAAAAUUCUUCUCCUGUUUCGUUUAAAUAUUAUCUUGAAGCCAAUCAGAAAUACUAAACAUUUUCAUUUUACUGCCUACUGAAGAAAUGAUUUAAUCAUUUUACUUUAAUCACUUUACUUGACAGAAGGAAAAACUUAACCAUUACUAUGCUUUGAAAGUAUGUAUUUUUACUUCAAUCAAAUCUCAUAACAUGCUUAGACAUAACAUUUUCUGCAUUCUGUGUAGUGAUAUGUUUUUGUCAGUUAUGUAAUAACUGUGAUAGUAAUAGCUGUGAAUGAUUUUUUUUUUUUGGUCAAAAUUUUAGUGCCUUGAAAUUGUGACAUUUUUAAAAAAUCUAAUUUAAAACAUUUAAUAGUAGGAGAAACUAUAUUGCAGAUAUUUUUAUAUAAGAUAAUGAGACAAUAGACCAAUAACAAAGAUUUUGUGUGGGAAAAAAGAUUAUUUUUUUCUUGGGAAUCAUUUUGUUUUCAUUCUGAUUUAUUAAAUUAAAAAAACCACUUAAACACUAGUUUUCUUCAAGUCAAAACUGGUAUCAAACUGUAAUCGAUUAAUGUACAGUAAUCUUGAACUAAUGUAUAAACUGGCGAGCAUACAAUCAACAUUUUUUUAAAUUUAUUCCUUUAAAUGUGUUAAUAUAUUUUUAUGAUAAGAGGCAACAUUUAAUGAAUUAAAUUUAAAAGGUCUCUUAUAUAUUACAGACGUUUCUUCGAAUAAAUAAAAAAUGGUCAAAAGUUCUUAUGUUGAAGCUCUUUGUUUUAUUCGACUAUAUGAAAGAAAAAAUGGCACAGAGAGAGGAAUGGGGUCGUGAUGUAAUAUUUUUUUCUUUACUAGACCUUCCAAUCUUUAUUAAUGUACUAAUGUAUGCUUAUUGUUUUUUUUUUCUCUUUAAUUAUCAUCCACAAAAAAGAAUUAAAGCUAGUCAUACUUUUAACCAUGUUUUUUUUUUUGUUUAAUGUCUUUUAAAGAGGAACAAAGAUUGGCUAACAAGUGGAAAUGGUUUGUGGAGACCCCAUAAUGAAAAGAACCUUAUUCCCCAUUGCUAUUAUUUCUGGACAUUCUCCCUUGCAGCUAUUUCAUGAAGCUAAUAUCAGAAGAAUCUAUAGAGUUUUACAUUUAAAUGGCAUUUCAGUCUGUUUCCUCUGCUCUGUCUUGUUUACGCUGACACUUUAGUCUGCUUUCCUCUUCUCUUGUCUUGUUUACGCUGACACUUCAGUCUGCUUUCCUCUGCUCUGUCUUUAUGCUGACUUUUCAGUCUGCUUUUCUCUGCUCUGUCUUGUUUACGCCGACACUUGAGUCUGCUUUCCUCUGCUCUGUCUUGUUGACACUGACACUUGAGUCUGUUUCCUCUGCUCUGUCUUGUUUACGCUGACACUUCAGUCUGCUUUCCUCUGCUCUGUCUUGUUUGCGCUGACACUUCAGUCUGCUUUCCUCUGCUCUGUCUUGUUAACGCUGACACUUCAGUCGCUUUCCUCUGCUCUGUCUUGUUUACGCUGACACUUUAGUCUGCUUUCCUCUUCUCUUGUCUUGUUUACGCUGACACUUCAGUCUGCUUUCCUCUGCUCUGUCUUUAUGCUGACUUUUCAGUCUGCUUUUCUCUGCUCUGUCUUGUUUACGCCGACACUUGAGUCUGCUUUCCUCUGAUCUGUCUUGUUGACACUGACACUUGAGUCUGUUUCCUCUGCUCUGUCUUGUUUACGCUGACACUUCAGUCUGCUUUCCUCUGCUCUGUCUUGUUUGCGCUGACACUUCAGUCUGCUUUCCUCUGCUCUGUCUUGUUGACGCUGACACUUCAGUCGCUUUCCUCUGCUCUGUCUUGUUUACGCUGACACUUCAGUCGCUUUCCUCUGCUCUGUCUUGUUUAUGCUGACUUUUCAGUCUGCUUUCCUCUGCUCUGUCUUGUUUACGCUGACACUUCAGUCUGCUUUCCUCUGCUCUGUCUUGUUUUACGCUGACACUUCAGUCUGCUUUCCUCUGCUCUGUCUUGUUUAUGCUGACACUUCAGUCUGCUUUCCUCUGCUCUGUCUUGUUUAUGCUGACACUUCAGUCUGCUUUCCUCUGCUCUAUCUUGUUUACGCUCACACUUCAGUCUGCUUUCCUCUGCUCUGUCUUGUUGCUCAUUUAGAAUCUCAUUAACUUAGUAUUAAAUUUCUUUCUUUACAAUUGACUUGUUCUUUGGUUUUGUACCUCAACUCAGCAACCUUACAUGUAAUAUAAUUCUUGGUAAAUGUUUCACUUUGAUUAAAUUGUAACAGUAUGUCAUACAUUCGCAACAGUAUCCCUCAUCUAAUCCCACCUUUAUUUUACUACAGAAGUAUCACUCAAUUGUUCACACCCUUUAUGCUUAUUGUGCAGAGAAUUCUCGUACACAUCACGUCCUAAUUCAUUGUUUCAUUUCCUUGGUUCAGGUUUUCUACAGCAUUUAAACAUGUCAUACCCUAACUAUAUAUAUUUCAAACUGUUUUGUGUAGAUCUAUAGUCUGUGUAUAUCACUAACUAUGAUGUAAUGUGGGUGUUGUUGUUUUUUUUGGGUUUAUGUAAUAACAAUUUUUGACAAAAAUGCAAUCUAAAUUUGUUGUGUAAAUAUUUUGUUCAAUGACCCUUACUUGUCCUUAUGGGUUGAAUGUGAAGUGUAGUAAAACAUAGAUAUAAUGAAAGUCUUAAGACUCGCAUUUUCAUUCAAAAAUAACUUUUAAAAAAAAUAUAUAAAUAAACAGGAAUGAAGGAAAAUUACAGUUUCAUUCAGAUCUAUAUUUUCAGUGAUGAGAUGAGUGGCAUAUACAAAUUGUAAAGCUUUGUAAGGUUCAAAGACAUUUCAUUGAUGAAGUUAUUUUUUUUUUAAUUCUUAAACUGUAUAAGAGAAAGAUAUUUCCAUUUGAACAAGGCUGAUAAAAGAAAGUUAACAUUUUCUAGACAUAAGGAAGACUCCCUGUCUUAGAAAUGAACAAUUUGUGUUUUCUAGAUUUAAGAAAGCCAGACUCUCCAUGUUAAAAUGCUUUAAUAUUGAGAUUUGUGUGUGUGUUAAUGUUCUAUUUUAUUUUGGUUUGGAUUCAAAUGAUGUUACUAUGAAACAAAGACUGUAGGGUGGAAAUACUUAGACCAAUGAGGUUUUCACAUGACUAAAGUGUGUAGCUCUCUAACAUGACAACGUUAUCUUAUGGGAAAUGACAGAACUCCUUUGUUACAGCUCCUCAGCGCACAGGACUCUCAUGCAUACUGUUAUAUUCUCAUUUAUUUGGUGAUCAUUCAAGUUGUUUUUCCAGUGGAAUAUCAAAACAUCCCUAGUUUUUUUUUUUUUUUUUUUUACUGUUCGUCAUUUUUAAUGCUUCUGAAUUUUUGGUACUGAGUAGGAUAUUUUCUUUAUAUUUUAAGUCAUCGACUGUGCAUCUUCUAAGCUAACCAUACUUAUUUUGUUCAAUGUGAUUCUUGGUAGUUAAUUUUAAGAGUUUGCACAGCAAGAGAAUGUAUUACAUUUUUUUUGACUGGCGGAGAGUCGUUUGGGGGAAAAUUUUCUUGAAAGCAAACUUGCGCAGAGUUACCAGUUUAGGCUUUAAGGGAUUAGUUCAUCCAGUCUUGACUAUGACUUAACGACUUGUCGGGGGUCUGUUUUUAGAUUCUUGUCUUGAAAUAAAUCAAUCUAUUUAUUGCUCCAGAGAAAAUGAAAUUUGGACCGAAUGACUGCUUUAGAUCUACACAUGGAUUAAUGACUUGUAGGGGUUAGACUCUGGGGUAAUAGAUGACUUAAUGACUUGAUUAGACUCUGGGGUAAUAGAUGACUUGAUGACUUGACUCUUGCAAUAGACGACACAUGACUUGGCUGUGAUACUAUGACAUUAGAAGGACUUGUAAAAAAAAAAAAAUAAUUAGUCUAAGCUCUAGUAAGCUGGAGUUGAGUUUACUAUGUGAUAAA